UUUCUUUUAUCCUGAAAGGAAAGGUUCGAGCGAUAAUCAAAUGUUUAAAAGUCACUUUUAAAGGUGAAGACUACUACUAUGACAAGUGGUUUAAAGAGAAUGGAUACAUUACAAAAAAAGAUAUUCACGUUCCUUUUGAGGGUUAGUGCUGGGGAUGCUUUGUGGGUUGGUAAGAAUAAACUAUUUUGUGGUAUUGGCCCGAGAACGGAUGUCCGCGCAUUAGAUUUAAUCGCAAAAAAUUUGAAAGAUGACGAAUCUCCUUUUAAAGUUUAUGGGUUUCGUCUUAUUGAUCCGAGGUUUUAUCAUAUUGACACGUGUUUAUGUCCAAUUACUGAACAACUAGCUAUUUAUUACCCUUAUGCCUUUGAUCCAGUCGCUAGACAUAAUAUGUCUAAUGAACUCGAAUUAGUGCCAGUCACUGAGGAAGAAGCGAUCCGCUUUGCUUGUAAUUCUAUAGUCAUUGGGAAAAGUGUUAUUAUCCCUGUUGGGGCAGAACAAACAGCUAAAGCAUUGCAGAAGCUUGGAUUUGACCCAAAAUUUGUUGAUAUGUCCGAAUUUAUCAAAAGUGGAGGGGCAGCAAAAUGUUGUACUUUGCAAUUGUCUCAAUAG